AGGUUAGUGGCCUGCUAAUUAUUCAUAUAUUAAAUUGAAUGAUUCUUAAAUUAAAUAAACUUAAUACGUAACUUACACUUAAGUAAGAUAAAUUACUUGGUCCAUCUCGUGGAAAAAACUUCUAACACUGAUUUUUAUAAGAAUCGUUAACUUCAUUUGAAAUAAUUAUCUACAUACGUAUAUUUCUUUUCUAAAAAUUCUUAAUACAAAAUGUUAUGGUUAAUAGAUUGUGAUAGUAUUUUCUUAUUAAGUCUCUUUUAAAGCUAUUAACCAUUCAGAUUAAAAUUUCGUAAGAUGAAAAUUUCUUCUAUCCUACAAAAUAUCAAAACUUAAACACGAGUCAAUAGAGCGUGUUUGGUUCCUUUCUUUAAAAAUAAAUCAACAUAACCGAACUACGUGGACUUUGAUCCCGACCACUCGAGUACGUAGGCAACCAAUAGGUUCGAGUCCAACUAAUCUAAAACCUUUUUCAUUCCCACUAUGUACGUCAAUAGACGUAAAAUCCAACUAACCAAAAAUAUUUUCUUUACUAUCGAGAUUUUGCGUUAAUAGACGGAUAAUCUAAACGCAUACCAAUAAGCCUAUUUUAACUCAUUAAUCCAAUUGGAUUCCAAGAUACGUAAUUAACAUUUUUAAAUAACAACUACCUAAUGAAUCAAAUCUUAUAAUUAAAUAUGUAAUAAGCCAAAUAAUAAUAACACACCCAACCCUAAAUGAUUAUCGAUUUUAAGUAGUACCCAUCUUGGGGCGUUGUGGGGCGUGAAUACACUUCUCACACGUGACUGUACUCCCGAACCCAGAACUCUAAAAAUUCGCAGACCCGAACCUGGUUUCGACCCUAAGGUUGGAACCGGACCAAAAGGUGUUCGACCCACCACAAACUAAGGUUGAUGGCGACUCCGAGCAUCAUCGCAACGGAUCCCCCGAUCUCGAGGAGCGGUUGCGACAAUAGGAUCAAAACCCGGUGGGAGAGUGAGGCCAAGGGCAUUACGAAGGAGGAUAGCCAUAGGACGACGAAUAAACAGAUGCUCUAGAGAUUCCCCAUCGUCGGAUUCACAUAUGGGAUAAUUAAGCGGAUGCAAAAUUAAGAAAUUGACGACAAAUUAGAGGAGAUAUACGAAGGUGAGGGGAGAUGAAGAAGAAGAGGGGCCAUUGAUGAAUAAUGAAGAAGAAGGGGCUACUCUUGUAAGAAAUAGUUAGGCGAAAUCGGAGAAGGAGUAAGGAAGAAAGGAGAGAAAGGACAUAGGGACACAUUUGGAAAUAGAAGGAAGAAAACGUGGUAAUAUCAAAUUACUAGGGGGAGAUGUAGUAUUCUCAAUUAUAAUGAAUGUGGUAAUUGAAGUCAAUUUCUUUUUUUGAAAGUAGUAGUUCAUUAAGAGUGCGAACGGGCUGAAGCCCAAACGGAAAAGUAGCAGAUUACAAUCAGAUUUGAAAACCAAAACAAAAGGCCUCAAACGAUCCGGGUCCAGAACCCAAUAGGGCCCACACCCAAAGCCCAAACAGAACAUGAAUCAGCUUUCAAACCCUAAUCGAAACCUACUCCUCUGCAAAUCCUCAACCGCCGCAGCUUUCAAACCCUAAUCGAAACCUACUCCUCUGCAAAUCCUCAACCGCCGCAGCCUAAGACCAGCAUCGCCUCCUUGAUUCGCUUGUAGCGCAACUUCCCACCAGCUACGCCGCCAUGCACCAAGCAGAUAAAACAUCUUCCACCAACCCGGAUGGAGGGACAAUUCCACCCCGAGCCAAUCGCUCUCCGCUUCCCGUCGCACCAUCAAAGAGAAGACAUCAGAGACGAUCGGUCGGCCGGUGGAGGAAACAGAGGAAAGAGCACUUUUGUCUUCAAGCUCAUCUAGCCGUGUCCGACGCCAUACGGUUGCAUCUUCGAAACACCAUGACCUGCAAAGUGAGACAAGGAGUAGACUAGGGAUAGACGAGGAGAAAACAAGUCAGAUCUACAUCAGAUCUAGCCUCCUCCGCAUCUUAGAUCGGUCACCAUCUCCAGAUCUGUAAACAAACAAAUCAGAGGCCAAAAGUACAUCCCACAGAUGGGGGAGAAAGGAACCCUAAAAUGGGAUGCAAAUCACCCAGGAACGGGCAGAAAACACAACCAAACAAGGGAGAAAAGGAAAAAGAAGGAAGGAGAACAAGUAAAACAGGAAGUGCAAUGAGAAAAGGAAAACACAGAGGGGCAGAGGGCUGCCGCCGGUCACCGGAAGGGCGCCGGCGACAACCCCUCGCUGUCAAUACGAUUAAUCGCCUAGAGAGAAGGCAGAGAAAAAAGAAAAAGGAGAGAGAGACUAAUUGCAAUAACAAUUAAGAGAGCAGAAUUGAAGUCAAUUUUCAUGGUCCAAUUCCCAUACCCUUUUUGCUCUACCAAACGUGGGUUUUUAACUUAAUUACUUCAUUAUGUGGUACUUGGGUUCAAUUACUGCAUUACAUUUUCACAUCCAAACGACCCCUAGGAAUUAAUGUGGAAAGCAAGUAAACGCUCAAUUUUAAGGAAUUUAACACUGGAAUGAAAUUGAUUUGAGGAGAUUAUGAUUUAUGCAAACGGAGCGAUUGAAAGUAAAAGAUAAAUCGUAAA